UGGCUGGGUAGGCAGUCAAGUUGGGUCUGAAGUUGUUCUUUAGAAAGUGUUGCAAGGUGAUUCCAGUGAGUGUUGUCCGAAACAAAAGAAAGAUAGCAAAGUUUCACUGUACGGCAAAUCCCGUUUGUCUUGCGUUUGGCGGCAAGCGGGGUAAGCGAACCCAGGAAAGACCACGCUACAAUAUCUUAGUAUAUUUAACCGCCAAGGCUAUGUAGCAGUAACUAGGGUAAUUAUUAAGACGUUCAUCCAGCACCAUCAAUGUAGUCAAUCAUCCCACGUCCUUCUUCACUUGUCACAACAAUGCAUAUGCCUAUCUGACGUGACCCUGGACAGUGGUGUGAUCAUUCACGUAUGGUGGAAAUGAGUAUGGCUGUACGUAUGGUGUUCAGGCAACGUUGGUCAGGGUUGGCCAGAAUACUGAUCUGCUAGCUGGGACAUGCCUCCCUUACGCACUGGUACUAGUGGUAGAAGUGAAUCUGAGAAGGUUUGAAUCGCCCUUUCUGUUGAGUUUCUCACGAUGGCUUCACCGGCAAUGAAACCCAUCAAUUACGACAAUGACAGCUGGGGCUGGAUCAUGGUGGGAGCGGUAUUUGUGAACUGUUUUGUGAUCAUGGGCCAGCUCAAGGCCCUGGGUGUCCUCCUCAUUCCGAUGACCGACGACUUCAACAGCGACUUGUGGCUUAUUGGCUUGGUUGCAGUUUUAUACAACGUGAUCCAGCACUGUUUCGCACCUGUUGUCGGCGCCCUCUCCCGUCUAGUCGGAAGCCGUCCCAUGAUGGUGCUGGGCGGACUCAUGAACACCUUGGGCAUAAUUUUAGCAUCGGUGUCUUCUACAGUUUCUCUGUUCACAGUUUUCGUUAUUGGACUAUCAGGUAUCGGGACUGCGUUCACUUGGUACGUCGGGUUUGCUGUCAUGGCCUCUUACUUCAAAGACAAAUAUCCGUUGGCUAUUGGAAUAGCAACGAUGGGUAUUCCUUUGGGUGUAAUGGCUUACGGGCCAAUGACACAGGUUCUUCUUGACACCUACGGCUGGAGAGGAGCAAUGCUGAUAUGGGGAGGUAUAUCGUUCCAUGCGGUUCCGUGUAGUGUGUUGGUGCGAAGGGAUCCUUCGUCCAUUGCUGCAGACACCGAUCGGUAUCAAGAGGUUUCAGUCGGCGAUGAGGAGAGAAACAACCAGGAAGAAGGGGAAGCUCAUGUCAGCGACACCUCUGAUUGUGCACGUGGCUUCCCCGGUCAUUGCGAAAUGGCGCCAUCGAAGUGUUGCCUGGACUUCAUAGCUGCAUUUGAUUUCAAACUGUUGGCAGAUGUGAGGUUUGUUUUACUUGUUAUUGGACACUGCACAGCAGCAUUUUCCUACAGCGCUUGGGUGGUGUAUAUGGUGUCGCAUGGUCAAUUUCAGGGCUUGAACGAAGUUCAGGCAUCGCUUCUACCUACUGCUUUCGGGGUUGGCAACGUCAUUGGAAAGAGCGUGGCACCCCUAUUGCAACAGAUGGGUCUGAAAUUAUCCUUGAUAGGUUUGGCGUGUGUCGGGUCAACCAUUGUGUCCACAUCGUUCGUGGCAGGCGCCUUCAUUAGACAUUUCAUCGGACAGUUAGCUAUUACGGGGCUAGUAGGUGUUGGUUAUGCUAUGCUGUACCAAGCUGUUGACGUCAUGAUUCGGUUCCUUUCGACGGAUGACCGAUUGCUAAAUAUUCUGGCCUGGCAAGGAAUCUUUACUGGCGUAGCUGGAGCACUUGGAGGAUUACUAUCAGGGUGGAUUUACGAAUGGACGGGGAGUUUCACCGUAUCCUUCUUCGUGUAUAGUGGAUUGGUGUUGCUGUCGAUUCCUAUCUUCAUCACAGAAGCCAUAUACGCUAAACGAAGUACUCGUUGAGAAGCAAGGUUUUACUAUAAAGCUGAAGCUAAUGCUCUACUUUGACGAAUCGCUGUUUGCAACCCAGUUACUUUCCUAUUGAUAGGAGCCAUGGUUGAAAGCCAGCUACGAUGUUACAUUUAUCCUCUCGGCAGUGGAAAUUUAGCCGUCACCUGCAAACUGGUAUUUGGCUGGCUACAAGUAGACAGCGCCUUGAUGCAUAUACACGCCUAUGGUUGUUAAAAUCAUUCCCACUGAAUUCCAAGUAGAUUCAGUGCAGGUAGAUAGCGCGCACGUCUUGAGAUCAAAUGGUACGUUCCCAGCUUGGUUCGAUAAACAGCUGUUGCCCCUUUCUGCUCCUCUUUUGUAAUAUUUAAAUUGACUGCAACAUUUAAUUACAGAGUAUUACAUUUUCUGAUUCUUGGCUCUGGAAAAAUCUUUUUAAUGGAGAAAGUACGAAUUGUACUGUGAUACUCACCUAGUGAAUACGAAGUUACAACGACUAUGUUAGCGCAAAACCCGACUAGGUUUGUCAGGUAGUUUCACUACGGAAGCCCGUUAGGGCCACGGUGCGUUUCUCUUUCACGACGGUGCGUUUCUCUUUCGUUGUUGGCAGUAACUCGCGGCCGCGCCUUACUUAACUCGCGGCCG